AUGGACGUAUUCGAGUACUACGAAGCCGCCAUGGCAAAGCAAUUUACACCCAUGCUGUUCGUCAAAGCACCCGAAGGCCUGCCAACGGUGUUGCUGGUUGGCGGAGGCAAAUAUCAAGUUCCUCACGACACUCGAGUUGUCCUCGGACCUAGCGUUGACCGAGAUUGGCGGCAAGUUGGUCUUCCAGGUGGCACGUUCGUCUACGCAGCGAAACUCGAUCAUCUGGAGAAGCAGUGCUCCACGACUGCUGAAGGUGCGCGACUCUUCCAGGACGUUGCAGGUUCCGAGGACCGUUCAGCAGCGACCUUCAUUCCAUACUCACGCCAUGUCAUGGGCAUGAGCUUGAGAUGUUACACUAUGGCUGGUGACACCGUCACCAUCCCACAGGGAGACUUCGUCACCUGCGGUGUCACGCCUAACCUCCUCGACAGCGAUGUGAAUAUCAUCAAGGCUGUGGUGAACACUCGCGUACACUACGUGCCGUUUUCGCAGUCCGUGUUGAGGAACAUGCUCGAGUCUAGUACCAUCAUCCUGGCCGAUGGUAGACCGCGUACAAUCGUCGCCCAGGCUAUCCAAGACCAUCCUCCCGCGGCUCAGUUCGUCCACAUCCCACCAGUGACCAUCGUCAAUGACUUGGUGGGGUGUGGUGCCAAUUGUCAGAAGGUCCAGGUCCACGCGGGUGAGGUUGUCGACUGGCUCUUCGUCGAUUAUGCAGGCCUGCGGUACUGUCGCAAGCGGUCGACCGGCGAGAUGUACGUCUUCGCCUACCUCACCCGCGACGUUCAGGACAGAGUCGAGGCGAUCUACGACGGCAUCGCCUUCCGCGGCUCUAUGGAGGCUGAUGUCGAUGCCGCGCUAGAGCGCUUCAUCGUUGCAAACGACCAUCCUCUCUUCCAUGGCCAGAACGAGUGCGACUCGUGCCAUCACUUCUUUGGCGUACAUCAGCCGGGCUGUGCCAAUGCGACAUAG